AUGACAGAAGAUUCUUUGGCCGCCAUUAAGUCAUUUUUCCACGUGAACGCAACCCUGUCCGCUCUCCAGGUUAGACUAGAGCGCUACCAAGGUGCGUCCGGCGUGCUACGCGAGGCGGCGGCCGCCCUAGAGGCCGUUCGCUCCUUCGAACCCCUCGUGCAGGCAGAGAUCCCUCUAUGGGGUCAAACCGACAGGCUCGAGGACGUUGACGAGGGGGAGUCCCUGCUUCCGGAUGAGGAGGACGCCUCCCUCUCCCCGUGCGGCGCCACGGCAGAUGAAAUGGAGGAGGAGACCGCGCUCAUCAGGGAGUGGCUUGCCACGCUUGGAGACUGCCCCGCCGCGGCGUCGCUGGCAGGCCUGUCGAAUAUCGCCGCCACGUUGGCAGGGACGCGUCUGACGGUAGAUCGCAAAUCCGCGUACCUCUGCGCCCGGCUUACGCAUACUCAGCAGCGGAUCCAGGCCCUCCAAGAUGACGUGAGGCGUGUGAAGGAGCGGGUGGGCUGGCUGUUUAGGUGCCCUCACGUCGCAUUGGAGCUGGAGGUGGCGUGUGCGCAGUGGCUUUGUGAUCUUGCGCAGGGGCACUGCCCAACUGAUGGAGAUCCCAAGCCUGCGGAAUCGGAUGUCCCUGGUGAUGGGAUCGAUGCGUUACUAUCCAGAGAAGAUUUAAGUGACUCGGCUAAGAACUUUUGGGUUCAGCUUGAGCAAUCUCACCGUAUGAUCUGGGCUAUAUUGCAAGGAAUGCCCUCUCGGUCCACAGAAAGGGAGCUGUACCGGCAAAGACUUCAGCAACAGCGCGCUAGAACGCUUAAUGCGUGUCAGCAUGCAUUAGCAAAUUUCAGCGGCAGAUUGUGA